GUUUUGGCAUUGGCAUUUCGCUAAAUCACAUUUGUGGCGUUUAGGUUUAUUAAACCGAUUGCCAUUGGUUUUUUUCGGCCAUUUAUUUGAGGAUUUCUAGUUCUAGGUGACUGAUAGGCGCGAAGUGGUUGGGAUAUAAGCCGGUAAUUUAAAAAAUAAAAAAAUAAUAAUCAGAAAAAAAAGUAUCAACGCAUUACCAGUUAUGGCCGAUAAUGAAGACUUGGGUUUAGGUGAGGAUCACAUAGAUUCCUUCGAAGACGCUAACGGAAUGCACGACGAGAAUCUGUUAAAUGACACAGAUGGGGAUGGAACUGCUGCAGAUGAUCCAGAGUUGGAAGCCAUCAAGGCACGGGUACGAGAAAUGGAAGAAGAGGCCGAGAAACUGAAACAGUUACAAAAUGAAGUGGAUAAACAGAUGAAUAUGGGAAGUCCACCAGGACUUACAAGCCCAUUGAAUAUGUCACUGGAGGAGAAAAUGGAAGUGGACAACAGAAGUAUUUAUGUUGGUAAUGUGGACUAUGGGGCGACGGCUGAAGAACUAGAACAACAUUUCCAUGGAUGUGGUUCCAUCAACAGGGUUACUAUACUUUGUAACAAAUAUGAUAAUCAUCCCAAGGGUUUCGCUUAUAUCGAAUUCGGUGAUAGGGACUCCGUACAAACUGCAAUGGCAAUGGAUGAAUCAUUAUUUAGAGGAAGACAGAUUAAGAUAAUGCAGAAAAGGACGAACAGACCAGGAAUCUCGACGACUAAUCGGCCUCCGAGAGGCAGAGGUUCAUUCAGAGGCAGCCGAGGAAUCAGUCGAGGUUUUUACUCGGGAUAUCGACCCAUACGCCGAGCAAGGGGCUAUAGACGAGGAUAUUUUGCUCCGUAUUGACUGGUUUGUAAGAAAGCACUGUUUUUCUUGUUUUUCCAAUCAAUCACACCCUCAUUGCUUUUCUAAGUUAAUAUUACGAAAAAAAAAAAAGAAAAAAUAUUGAAAAAAAAAGGAAUGAAAAAAUACAAAAAAGAAAAAAAAGAGGAAGAGAAAAAAGUGAAAAAAAAAACAUUUUUGUGAUUUGAAUUUAGUGUUAAAACUCUAUUGCUAAAAAAUGUAGGUUUUUGUUUAUAAUUUGAUUUGCAGAGGGUGUAGUUAUUUUGUAUUACUUUUUUAAAAUAACUUUAAGAUUUUCAGGUACCUUUGGAAAUUUCAAUGGAUAAUUAAUUUGGAAAAAAAAAUACAUAAAACAUUAUAUGUAAGAUUAUCAAUAAAUUUUGAAAGAGGCAA